UGUGCGGGAGGGUGAGAGGAUUCACCAGAGACAGGGAACAGAGCAGGCAGAGUGAUGAAAUACACUGCUGAGGGGAGCAGCAGGGGAGACAGGAGAGGUCUUCUGUGUCAAGUGGGACCCUUGCCGGCCCGCCAGGAUGGAACCGGCACUGCAGAGGCUGUGGACAGCCUCACAGUGCGGCGCUCAACCACCUGCGCCACCAGAGGAAGUUUCUUAUAUGGAAGUUUCUUAAUUCCCCGGUCCAAAAAAUAAUCUACGAAAUUAUACUAAACAGGAACAUUAUACUUUACGGUAGUGGGACAUCAGUACUCCAGGAGAGCAGUCUUUGAGAAAACAAUAAGGGUUGGGAUCCAGGGGAUAUGUAGAAUUGUUGGCUUAUGAAGAUAAGCAUAUAAUUUAUAGUGAUAGGAAGAAAAGUAGUAUAAGAAGAGAUCAGGUAGAUUCAGUGAUCAGAUGAUGAAAGCAUCUGAUAUUCUGUGUCUCAAUGAAAUAUUAGAUUUGAGGCGAGCUCAGUAAGAGCAAAGAAGGGGGACUCUUUGAGUAGGAGGUAUUAAAGACGGCAGUUAUACUUGUCUUCUUAACCCAUUGAGGUAGCUUUACCAAAAAUACCACAAACUGUGAUGGCUUCAGAAAUUUAUUUCUUAUAUUCCUAGAUGCUGGGAAGUCUAAGAUCGAGGUGCUCACGGUUAUAGUGUCUGGGGAGAGCCCGGUAACUGGUUCAUAGAUAACGAAAAGGGGUGAGAGAGCUCUCAGGACACUAAUCCCAUCCACGAGGGUUCUGUCCUCCUGACUUAGAGGGUUCUGUCCUCACCUCCCAAAGACUUCAUUUCCUGAGGUCAUCACAAUGGGGUUUAAGAUUCAACAUAGGAAUUUUGAGGGAGUGAACAUUCUGUCUGUAGCAAUAUUAGUGAAGCACAGGCAGGACUGAGAGGUCUUCACAAAGUUGUGGUUUGCAAGUGAGUGGCUGAGUUAGGGAGAAAGAGAAGGUCAUAGGCAUCAAAAGGACCAGGCAACCGAUGCUCCGGAGUGUUGGGUGGUAGAAUAGCUGGGUGUUAGGGAGACAGUAGCUACACUGCUCCUCGAACCUGGAUUUCCUGACACGCCAGCUUAGUGGUUUAUCAUUUCACUGAGAAACAGUUCAGUGGCUUACUCUUGUGUGCUGUCUGCCCUUCCAGGUAAUUCAGAGAACCUGGAAGUGAUUAUGAAAACAGUACGGAUUUAAUAUAGUAGGGAAGUAGAUGGGAGCCCCAAGUCUGUCAUCAAGAAGCGUUUCCUGGACCCUCUCUCAUACACCACACGAGCCUCCAUAGCCCUGUGAGAGUUAAUCCUCCACAAGGAGGGGAGCAAAGAGCCAGAGAUGCCUUUGGCUCCGGCAUGAACACCAUAGAACCAGAAAAUGAAUAUUUGGAGGAUGAAAAUGCCCAGUCACCUGCAUUUCUUCAGAUGCGCUCCCAGAUGAGAAUGUCUGGAAGUUCCCACCCUCAAGCCCCACCUGCCACAGAGACCCUCUACGCCCCCCAGGAGCUCCUGAAAGCCCAGCCCUCCCUCAGCAGCCAGACGGAGCGCCCGAAAGCCCGGCCCUCCCGCAGCAGCCGCCAGGAGCCGCUGGAAGGCUGGCCCUCCCGCAGCAGCCGCCAGGAGCCGCUGGAAGGCAGGCCCUCCCGCAGCAGCCGGCAGGGGCGGCUGGAAGGCAGGCCCUCCCGCAGCAGCCGGCAGGGGCCGCUGGAAGCCCAGCCCUCCGGCCUCAGCCGUUGGGAACGCCAGGAAGACCCGCCCACUGGCGUCAGCCCUCAGAUCAACAGAGAUGGGAAUACUUAUGAAUAUAGAGAAACUAAGGAACCUGUCUUGUCAAAAACAGAGGAAAAUAAACCACCAUUGAAAAAGAAGGAUCAUCGCUCGGAAAAGAGGCGGCGUCGAUUGGAAAAGAGAGGUCCUUGUCCUCCACGGGGCUCAUUGAAUAACUUUUUAACAAAUGGAGCUAUACUUAUAAUGAUAUGGUGUAUGACCUGGUCACUCGUUGGUCCUGUCGUUCUUCCUGGUGGAAGUUUAUUUGGAUUCUUUAUUGUCUUUUAUGGUGCCUUUAUUGGGGGGAAACUUUUGGAAUUGAUUGCCAUACCUCCAGUGCCUCCACUUCCACCUCUUCUUGGGAUGUUACUGGCUGGUUUUACCAUUAGGAAUGCUCCAUUCCUCAGCAAAUUCGUCCUUAUAAAUAGUAAAUGGUCUUCAGCAUUAAGAAAUACUGCCCUUACCAUUAUCCUGAUACGAGCUGGACUUGGACUGGACCCAAAGGCUUUGAGGGAAAUGAAAGGCGUGUGUUUGAGACUGUCUGUGGGCCCAUGCCUGAUGGAGGCCUGCUCAAUGGCUAUUAUUUCCCACUUCCUGAUGAAUUUUCCCUGGCAGUGGGGAUUGCUAUUAGGUUUUGUAGUAGGUGCUGUCUCUCCUGCUAUUGUUGUCCCUUCCAUGCUCCUUUUGCAAGAAAGAGGAUAUGGUAUUAAGAAAGGCAUUCCAACCGUACUGAUAGCCGCUAGCAGUGUGGAUGACAUCGUGGCUAUCACUGGAUUCAAUACAUGCUACAGCAUAGUGUUCUCCUCAGGUGGUGUGCUUCGUAAUCUCUUAUUCUCUUGUCGGGACGUAUUUAUUGGUGUGCUGGUAGGAGCUGUUUUGGGAAUGUUUCUGCGAUAUUUUCCAAGUAGAGAUCAGACAGACCUUGCCCUGAAGAGAGCAUUCCUGGUGCUGAGCAUGGGUGUCUCUGUCGUCCUGGGCAGCCAUCGCUCAGGUCUACACGCCGCUGGGGGGCUGUGCAGCCUGGUGCUGACCUUCUCUUCGGGGAUACAUUGGUCCAAAGAAAAGGUUAAAGUCCAAAUCAUUAUAGCAAAAACUUGGAAUGUUUUUCAGCCCCUUCUCUUUGGUUUGGUUGGCUGGGAAGUAUCUGUUGCAUCUCUUAGAAAUAAUGCUAUUGGCAUUUGUGCUGCGUCCAUAACCCUGGCGUUGUUGGUUCGAAUCUCUUUCACAUUUGUAAUUUCAUCUUUUGCUGGUUUUAGUUUUAAGGAGAAAAUAUUUAUUGCUUUAGCAUGGAUACCUAAAGCUACCGUCCAGGCUGUGUUAGGUCCUCUCGCUCUAGAAACAGCAAGAGCCAGUGCGCCCCACUUGGAAAUGUACUCGCAGCAUGUGAUGACAGUAGCCUUUCUAGCCAUCUUGAUCACAGCCCCAAACGGAGCUCUGUUCAUCAGCAUCCUGGGCACCAGAAUUCUCACACACCACAAUCCAAGCCUUGUCAAGACAGACUGGUCAGGAUCAACGUUUCAUUAAGGUUAUUUGCAUCACCUGCCUGCUGCUUUUAAUGCAUUCUCUUAAACGAGAGAAAAAUUAAAAGGUACAAAUAUGUGAAGCCUGUAUAUAGAACCAAGGAUUUAAUAAAUAUGUUAUUUCUCUAUAGAGCUUUCAUAUGAUUUUUUGAUUCCCAAGUUAAUAACAAUGUAGAAUGCACUCUUAGUAUUUACAUAUUUCAGGAACAUAGUCAUCCAUGAGGCUGGAUUUGUGUCAUAAUACAAGCUAAGCAUAAUGCAAGGUGAAAUGAAGCUGGUGCCAGGAAG